CAGACAGCCCAGGCAUAGGUGAUCUCCACUUCUUCUACAGAAAGCUCAUCUGUCUCUGCAAAACUAAGGAGCAGCAAUGGAAAAGAUGAAAACCAUCUGUAUGAGAUGCUUGCUGUGGUGCUUCACCUUAAUGGUAACCCUGCUUAGUGGAAUCGCCACCAUGCCUGUGAGUGUAGUGGACUCGUUUUGCACUGCACCUUCAACAGCCAAGUACAGACUAACAUUUACAGGCAAGUGGAGCCAGACUGCCUUCCCCAAGCAGUACCCCGUUUACAGGCCUCCUGCUCAGUGGUCUCCACUGAUUGGAGUGACUCACAGCUCAGAUUAUCACAUCUGGCAAAAAAAUGAAUACGCAAGUAAUGGGGUGAGAGAGUUCUCUGAAAAAGGAGAGGCUUGGACUCUGAUUAAGGAGGUGGAGGCAGCUGGGGAGCGCAUCCAGAGUGUAUACGGCCUCUUUUCCACGCCAGCUGUGCUUGGAGGGACAGGCCAGACAAGCACGGAGUUUGAGGUGUAUGCCAGGCACAACUUUUUGUCUUUUAUCAUGCGGAUUGUGCCAAGCCCAGACUGGUUUAUUGGCAUCGACAGUCUAAAUCUGUGUGAUGGGGACCACUGGAAAGAAAACAUUAGCCUUGAUCUGUUUCCUUAUGAUGCUGGCACAGACAGUGGCUUUACUUUUUCUUCACCCAAAUUUGAGACCAUUCCCCAGGACAAAGUCACACAGAUAACGUCAUCAAUUCCGAGUCACCCUGCUAACUCGUUCUUCUAUCCACGACUGAAACAUCUUCCCCCAAUAGCCAAGGUCACAAUCACCAAGAUCAAGAGCAAACAGAUCUUUAGUUUGCCAAUCGAGCCCACACAAUCCAACCAAAUUCCCACUGGCAAUGAAAUAGACGAGUCUCUCAUAAAUACACCUCUUGACUGUGAAGUGUCUGCCUGGUCACCUUGGGGUUUAUGCAAAGGUCAGUGUGAAGAGGAAAAAAAGAAAGGCAUAAGAUAUCGUACCCGCUACAUUCAUAUAAAGCCUGCUAACAAUGGCUCUGCCUGCCCACCUCUCGAAGAGGAGAAAACCUGUAUACCUGACAACUGUGAGUGAGAGUCUGUUGCAUAAUGUCCAUCAAUUUAUAUCCUCCUUGUCCUCAUUCAAAGCACAAUACAGUUUGGACUCCAGAUUCACAAUG